GAUAGUUUUGUUUUGGAUUUAUAUUAUUCUGGUUUACUGUUAGGACGGGUUGCUGAGAAAAUAUGCUCUGAGCUUGGUAUUAAGGUUUUGACAGUGCAUGGAGGUUCCAUCAAGACUAAAAUAUUGACCGCUAAGCGAGAAGAGGUCGACAUUCUUGUUGGAAGUUUCGGAGGAUUAUCCAAGUUCUUUUAUGAAGGCCUCUUCAGCAGAAAACACGUGAUAGAGAUUGCUCUGGAUGAAAUUGAUACUUUGCUCGAUGACACUUUUAAGGAGGAGAUGAUCACUUUUCUUAGAAAAUUCGGCCAAUCAGCUGUGUCUCUUUUUCAGGGAGUUCGUAUAAUUAUGACAGGAGCAACUUUUCCGACCAAUUUUGAUGCUUACAUCAGUGAACUGCUUGAUGUAGAGAAUAUACAGAAGAUAUCUACAGAUCAGCUUCAUAGGGUUCUUCUUCAUUUUCCGCAGAAAUUCAUCAGGGUUGCUCUUUCCCGUAAACUUGAAUCCUUCAUGGAGAUCAUUGAGAAGGAUUCUUCAAAACAGAAGAAAACAUUGAUCUUUAGCAACAAGGCUUCAACUGCUGAUUUCCUGAGCAUGCAUUUGAACGAGCAGAAUAUCCCCUGCAUUAACUUUGAUCAAAACGUGCACUGGAAACAACGAGAAAACCACUACAGAAAGUUUGCAGAAGGAGAGGUGAAUGUAAUGUCUGCUACAGAUCUUGCAUCAAGAGGGUUAGACACGACCAUGGUUAAUCACGUGAUUAAUUUUGAUUUCCCGCUGAAUGCUGCGGAUUAUAUUCACAGAGUUGGCAGGGUAGGCAGAAUUGGGGGUCCAGGAAGUUCUCAUGUUACUUCACUGGUGGACAACCCAUUAGCUGUUGAGGUUCUCAAUAGAAUAGAACUUGCAGCUCGGAAGAACCAGGAGAUCCAGAAUGUAAACAACAACAUUGUCAGAAUAAUCCAACACAGGAUUGACAAGAAACAAAGAAUUCAAGAAAAUGUUAAAUAAAAAUAAUCCAAAAAAUAUCUUUUU